UUUACCCACUUAGAUAGAUAUAGUCCAGUCCUGAGUGGUCUCUCUUAUCAUCAGUGUUUAUACUCUCUUCUUCAAAAGCCAAUAUCAGAGAGCCUUAAACUUUUUGUCUUCUGUGCUUACCAUUUAAUGCUCCUGUUAUGUACUGGACAUGUUUCAGGUUGGGCACUUUGUCAACUUCUAUUGGAUACAUUUGCAGCAUUUAAUGCUGUUUUAGCCCACUUUCAAAGUGUGGGGUCUCAGAUCUGCAGUGCCAGCAAGCCAGUGUCUGUCUUGUGUAGUUCCUUUUUCAAUUUCUUCAAGAAAUGUGCAUGGCUCUUCUCCUUUCAAGCCUAUGAAGACACAUGGGAGUAAAAACAUCUUAGCCAAGUAAAAUUAACAAAGAAAGAAUAGGAGAAUUUGUAUAGACUUGCAUGGCAGAUGUGGUUCAUUUUUGCAGCUUAGCCAAGUAAAAUUUUUCCAUUGAAACAGUGAUUCUUCCAUUGCUGAAAACAGUACUAUCUGCAGAGCUGCUUACCAUCUUGAUUUGCAGGACAUGGAGCAACUCAGAAGUUCUAUUGAGUCUAGUAGAAGACAAUUAUUAACUCCAACUGAAGUUCAUAAUGCUUUGAAAGAAGGGGUAAAGCCUGCUGAGGAACUGAUAAGAGAGAUUGCUGUUUUGGAGCUUGAAGUUGUGUCUUUGGAGAAGUAUCUCCUCUCAAUGUAUCGAAAAGCGUUUGAUAAACGGUUGUUUGCCCUUUCCAUGAAGAAUCACAAAGAAAAAGAGGAAUUAAGUAGGAAAGAAAUGAUAUUCUCAGAAGCAAAUAAGCCUGCAGAUUGCAAAUCGACUGAAAAGCGGCCUGUAAUAGCUAGCACUAGUCCAGCUUUGCAGCCACAAGGCUCGGUUAAUAGUCCACCCAAAGAAUGCAGUGGAGGAACUCAGAAACUGCUCGAUUCGAGUAUUCUACGAACCCAUUCGUCUCUAUCUCAUGCAGGCUGUUCAUUCAGAACUUCUCCUCCAAUUGGCGCCCUUGCUGAAGCUUUGGACUCUUACCAUUCUUUGCCUUUAUCAAUGCUGGAGCGGGCACAAGAAUUGUCUUCGAAUGUUGACAAUCUAGGUAGCGCUGUUUCUGAUCAAGGCCACGAAGCGCCAAACUGGCUAUCUGAAGAGAUGAUUAGAAGCAUUUCAGCCAUAUAUUGCAAGCUGGCUAACCCGCCAUUGUUCAACGAUGGUUACACUUCCUCUCCAAUCUCGUUCUCUUCACCAACAAUUGAGUCUUUUGCUCAAGGUCAGUAUGAUGUGCCCGAAGAGUCUAGAGAGUCUAGUGGGCAUUUUAUCGCCAUGGCUGAGGUGCAAGGGCUCUGUCGCGAUGACCAAAGCUUUAAAGGCGUAGAGCACGCCCUAAAAUAUUUUAGAUCUCUAGUCUCGCGUUUGGAGCAGGUCGAUCCUAGUAAAAUGAGACACGACGAGAAGCUAGCCUUCUGGAUUAACAUCCACAAUUCACUAGUAAUGCAUGCCUUCUUGAUUUAUGGGAUUCCUAGAAGUAACCUCAAAAGGGUGUCUCUUCUCCUAAAGGCUGCUUAUAACAUUGGAGGGAAAGCAGUAAGUGUUGAUAUGAUUCAGAGUUCUAUUCUAGGAUGCCGAAUGCCACGUCCAGGACAAUGGAUUCAAUCCUUGUUCUUCCCCAAGCAAAAGUUCAAGUCCGGAGAUCCAAGAAGGGCAUACUCAAUGGACCACCCAGAGCCUCGCCUUCGCUUUGCCCUUUGCUCAGGAUGCCAUUCUGAUCCCGUGGCUCGAUUAUACACGCCCAAGAGAGUUUUCCAGGAUCUCGAAGUGGCAAAAGAAGAGUACAUUCAAACAAACAUCAGGUUACACAAGGAACAGAAAGUUGUGUUGCCAAAGAACGUGGAAGCUUUCAUCAAGGAGGCAGGGCUAUGUUCAUCUGGGCUGGUGGAGAUGAUAGAGCCCUCUUUGUCUGACACUUUGCGGAAGAACUUUCUGCAGAUUGCUGCAGAAAAAGGGAAACUGUGGAAGAAGAUUGAGUGGAUUCCUCAUAACUUCAGUUUUCGGUAUCUGAUUUCGAAUGAAUUAGCAGAGGGCUCCCUGUCUCUAAUAUUUCAUGAUCAAUAAAUCGUUUUUUUCUUCGUCUAAGUUGAGUCUUAGUUCGAGUUUUGCUUCGUUUUUGUGUAUGAUGAGUGUGAAUAAGUGAAUAUUGUUGUUAGGCUUUUUGUUUGGUUGGUUGUUUCAGAAGAGUAAAAUAGCUAAAACAUUCAUGCAGAUGUCUUAAGAGUGGAUGUGGAGUAGUCUUUUGGCA